UUGGUACUCAUUUGGUAACAUGCAGUGACAACAGCAACACAUAUAUCGAGUCUGGCUAUAAGUGUUCACAAUACAACAUUUGUUCUUGAAAAGAAAACGUGAGAUUCCUUAAAAAAAAUCACCAUGGUAAGCAAGUGUUUUCCCGUUCAAGUCUACUUGUUACUCGGUUUGUUUGUGGCGCUCAGUGUCGUCCAAUCUCAGCCAAUCGUAACCGUAGAACAAGGAACACUUAUGGGUACCACCGAGACCUUUGAAGAAUCCGAGUUCAUCGGAGUGAACAAGACCAUCGAUGUGUUCAAGGGCGUACCGUUCGCCGAGCCGCCCACGGGGCCGCUGCGUUUCAAAGCCCCGUCUGCCAAACAGCCGUGGGACGGUACUUACAACGCUACGUACUUCAGAGACGCUUGCGUACAGAGAGAACUUCCAUCGCAACCACUACCAUCCAUGAGUGAAGAUUGUCUACAUCUGAAUAUCUAUGCGCCGAGACCAGCAAUACAAGGGGGCGCUGCAGUAAUGGUCUCGAUCCACGGGGGCGCAUUUGCUUUUGGCUCCGCUAUUGAGUCGGUUUAUCCUGGACAGCCAUUGGUCGCAUUUGGUGACGUCAUAGUAGUGACCAUCAACUACCGACUGGACGUCUUCGGAUUUCUGACAACAGGAGACGAGGCGGCACCAGGUAACAUGGGCCUUCUUGACCAGGUUUUGGCCUUAGAAUGGAUUAAAGAAAACAUCGCCGCCUUUGGCGGUGACAGCGAACGGAUCACAAUCUUCGGCGUGAGCGCUGGGGGAGCUAGCGUCAGUUUACUGGUACUGUCUGAGCAGGCGCAGGGGCUGUUCCAAAAUGCUGUCAUGCAGAGUGGCACGGCAUUUUCUCGAUGGGCGUAUGCUGAUGGGAACAGUGAGCGUCUUCGACAGCAGGCCUUUGAUAGGGGAACGAAACUGGGCUGUAAUGCGCAGGACAGCGUUGCCUUGGUCGACUGUAUGCGAGACAAAGACGCAAUGGCUGUAUUGACUGCAAUUGAACUGGAAUUCUUCACGUCUACCAUUCCGCCAGUGGUAGUAGAUGGCACCUUUCUGGAAGACACGCCUUCCAAUCUGUACUCCACUGGGCGAUAUAACCACGCCCCAAUACUCCUUGGUACUACCAGAGACGAAGCAACAUUUUUCACGUUCAACAACCCGUUAUUCAAUCCAUUAUACAAACCAGAGCCCCCAGUUCUGAACAAGGAAACUUUUGAUCAAGCCCUCUCUGUGGAAUUAGCCAACCUUUAUGUUGGUACGGAGGCCUCUAAUGACCUUCUAGCAGACGCUAUCAAGCAGGAAUACGUUGACUGGUCCCAGGCUGACAACGCAGACGCUGACUACUUACAGUCGUACUUGGACUAUUUCACUGAUUGCCUCUUUGUCAGCGGAACCGACCGAGUGGCGCGCUAUCACGCCCAAACUGGCGAUAACGUAUUCAUGUAUCAAAUGACACGGGCGAACGAGGCCAGUUUCCUCCCGCCAUGGCUGGGGGCCAUGCACGGUGGAGACGCCUGGUACAUGUACGGCUGUCCGUUCUCACGGGAGUGCCAGCCAUCUCCGUCCCAGAGUUCGGACGACAUGGCGCUGUCAGUCAAGUUCAUGGAGUUCUGGACCACUUUUGCCAAGACUGGAAACCCCAGUUUUGACUCAACAUCGGAGUCGGACAUGGGCUUCUGGCCUAGGUUUACCAUCCCGGAACUGGAGUACAAAGAACUAGACUUGAACCUCACGACGAAGAGAGCCCUCAAGAGUCGGGAAUGUCACUUCUGGAACAACUACGUGGUCCAUCUCAGGGCCAUAACGGCUGACAUUGAAACUGCACAGCUUGACUGGAAACAAGCUUUGUACAAUUGGAAGUACACAGACAUGGCGAACUGGAGGGAUGAAUUCGACAAAUAUAAACAGGAACUGAAUUAAAUCGGGAGAUGACUGCUGUCCAUUUCUGAGGGGGGAGGGACCAACUUGCAUCUUAGCUUCAUUUUUUUCCCUCUUUAUUUUUCAAAGGAAAUGAAAAGGGUCAGCACACCUUACAACCGUUAUAAGUAGCCAUACACAUACAAUUGUGGCCAUUUUUUCCUGGCUAAUUGGUCAUAUUGCCACAUCCCCGCUCGCGACACAAAACCUGCCACGCCGAAUUAUGUACAAGUGUGCCAACGGGAGAUGUAAGCAACUUAGAAAAGGGCAGGUCUUCAUCGAAAAUGUAGUUAUUUCAUGGGGCAUUUUUUUCCGCAAUAAUUUGCAUCUCACCUCGAACUCUUGGAUGGGAACCUCCCCCCUGCGUAUUUCUAUCCACAAGU